CUCACGGUUGACUGUAGCAGGGAAGUCGCUGUGUAAAUAGGGAAUUGUGAUCUCUAGCAGUUUUAGAAACAUAAUUCAAUGCCUAUUUCGCUACAUGACGACGACAGUUAAAUACAGCAUGGAGGAAAUGGAAGAAGGCCGUUUAGAUGACCACAAUCACAACUAUCGUGAUGGCCCAAGAGAUGCUCACACCUUCAUGAGAGCACAACUGUCAAAUGAAGCCCAACUUUUCUGCUCGCCCAUGAUUAGCACAGAACCAACAGGAUCUUGCGGUGGGAUAUCGUCCAGACGAGAACUACGAUACAUGGAUUCGGAUUCUAGUAGCAUCAGCAGCGAAACCAGCGACACAGACAGUCCCAGUGCCUCGGCGUCUACGCCUGGAAAACUAACCCUCAACUCGGCUACAAAGUUUUUAAUGAACUCGAUGACUGUAGAGGAUUACAAGAAUAUCUACUGGCCCAAGCUGGAGAACGCAAUUGAGCACUUGCUGACCCAGAGCCCCUCCGACCACAAUUCCAUAUCCUAUGAACAGAUAUACAGCCAUGUCUAUAAAUGUGUUUGUCAGCAACACUCAGAACUACUCUACAAUGAUUUGGUAUGGAAAAUUUCCAGUCACUUAGACCAGGUUUCUGCUCAGCUCUUGGGCAGUCUACCUGAUGGGUUCAUAGAACACUUUAACCUUGUCCUCUCUCAGUACACAGCGGCUCUGCAAUGCAUCGUUCCUGUGUUCAUCUACAUGAACAAGUUUUACAUUGAAAGAAAGCUAAACCAGGACCUAAGGGAUAUCCUUAUGAAGCUUUUCUCUGAUCAUGUUGCAGAAAAACAUGUGAACACAAUAAUACCUCUUCUCCAAAAAGCCCAUUCCAUGCCUUUUCAAGUCAAGCCAUCAACAAUGGCUAAUGUUGUGAAAGGUCUCUAUGCCCUUCGACCAGAAUGGUCCAAUCUCGCCCCAGCUCUUUUUUCCCAAUUCAUUCCUCAAAUCCAUCCUCCGACUAUGGAAUCACAGCUUUCCGAUUAUGCUGCCCAAGACCAGAAGUUGCAGAUGGAACUCUCUCUUAAUGGGUUCUCCAGGGGGGACCAGUCACGCAAAAGAGCAAGUGAAGAAUCGUAGCAGUUCACACUACAUCGAUGUAAUCGUAAGAGUUGUUGAAGCACACUGGUCACCCUCUCUCCACAGGCACUGCCUCUGCAUCCCCUGGCUCACAUGUGUUAUGUAUGACCAUCCUUUAGAUAGCCCCUAGUGUCAGCUUUAUUUGACGAAAGCCCACUCUCCAUAGCUGUGAGUUCUUCUCAGGAUUGUUUAUCUGAUGUCUCUUACACAAGAAAACUGGAUGAUUUUGUAUGAUUUGAUGAUUAUUUGUAUGAUUUGCCAUUUCAACAACAACAAAAAAAAGUUUGUCCAGAUGUUGACGAAAGGCGUGCCUUUUUGUAUAAUUCUGUAUACGCCAAAACAAAUUCUUGUAUAAUUUAUGAAUUCCCUGCAUCAUGGUAAUAUUUGUUUUGUGCGUACUUGUUUUUUUUUUUACACUACCACAGAGUGCAUUACCGAGAGGUCUGGGAAAGCAGUAUGCAAGAUGUCAAACACAGUUCUAGUGUCAGUAACUUUGUAGUGAUCUUCAACAUGUUUUGUGGCUUGGUAUGAAGAAAUCAUGGUUCCUCAUGAUAGACCUAAAUGAGUUGGAAGGUAAAGUGACUUAAUCAGCAGAUAGCAAGUCUGGCUGGAGUUUAUAUGCAUCUUCAUCCACUGUUUUGUUUUACAUGUCCUUCAUUAAAGCAUUCAGAAUGUAAUUCUCUGUGAUAUCAGGAAAUGUGACCGACAUUAGUGUCAUAAUUCAGUUCAUAAAAGCUCUUAAAAUGUCUUUGCAUGCCACACGUGAAAGUUUGAUUACACGGUAUGCAACAUUAUAAGCUAACAGGGAUUUGAACAAGUUUUGAAAAUCUUGACAUGAUAUCCAUUAUGAGGUGUUGUGUAUUGAUCAUUUAUGGGGGAAAUUAUAUUUUUAUUAUAUUCAUUCAUUUGUCUUAACAUUUGGGUUGCCAAAAUAUAUCUUUUUUUUUUUGCUUUUUUUUUUUGUGUUUGUGUUUAACACCCUCAGUCAGUUCAGGUAUUUGCACUGUUUUAGGUGUAAUCCAAUGCCAAAGUACUGUUAAUCAUUAUUUCCUGUGUAGAAUGUUGUGGACUCACCCAUGUUCUAAUCAUGUAUAGUUUGACUACUUCUUUCAAUUAAACACACUUGAAAAUUCA